AAGGCGGGAGAGCCGGGGGGGCUGUUCUCCGCCUCACUCCCACCCCCGCCGGGGCUCCGCCGCCGCCGGUGGACGCUGGGAGGCGACAGCGAGUCCCAGCCGCUGGAUCCGCUCGGGGAACGCGAACGAGCGGGCGAGACUUUUACCUUUUCUCUCUUUCCCCGUCUUCACCCACCAUGCUGCGGACGCCGCUGCCCGCGCAGGAGAAGCGGCGGCUCAGCCCGGCACUUUCCUCCUGAGGAGAUGAGGGAGGCGCGGCCGGGCCGGAGCUAGCGCGACCCGCGCCUCUCCCCCGUCCCCAACCACCAUGAGGGAAGAGAGAGAAGCGGCCGCGGCCGCCUCCCACCACGGACCCAGCCGACCCCCGCAGCACUGCCAGCAGCCGGACGGCGGCGGGGUAGCUGCCCCCUUGGCGCUGCCCGCCGGCGGCGGCAGCCCGGAGAGCCUGCGGAACGGGUACGUGAAGAGCUGCGCGACCCCCCUGAGGCAGGACCCUCCGAAGAGCUUCCUCUCCCUGCUGCUGUUCCCCGCCGCCACCUCCUCCACCUCCUGCCGCGCUCUGCUCUGCCUGGGCGCCCUGACCGCCGUUGUCCUCUCGCUCCUGGCCUUUCACGACCGGGACAGCGCCGGGGGCCAGCAGGACGGGAGGAGCUGGUGGAGUCCCCGGCCUCUGCACGCCUUGCUGUGCCUGACCCGCUGCCUCAGCCCCCUCUUCAGCAUCGCCUGUGCCUUCUUCUUCCUCACCUGCUACCUGGCCGGUGGCAGGCGCGGGGAGCACGGCGGCGGUACGACCCGCUGGUGGCUGCUGGCGCUUCCCGUGUGCUGCUACUCGGGGGACUUCGUGGCGCUGCAGUGGCUGCUGCCCGCGGAGGGGCACGAAGAGGAGCCCCAGCCCCCCGCCGAGCCGCAGAUGGUCCUAGCCAGGCUCCUGACAGUGCUGGGCUCGGUGGCAGCGCCCACCCUGCUGCAGAGCUCCCUGAAGUUGCGCCGGAGCCUUCUCGUCUUGGUCUUCUCCAGCUUGGUGUGGCUAGUGUCGCUCACCAGCCUUCACUCGGUGCCCCCCGCCCUCAGACCGCUGCUGGCCGGCUCGGUCGGGGUGGCAGGCUGCCUCUUGGCACUCUGUGGCGGGGAGCACGGCAUCUUCUCGGCUCAGAGGCGAGCGCACCACCAGCAUCAUCACCACUCACGGCUCCCCAGCGUGGAGGAAAAAGUGCCUGUGAUUAGACCCAGGAGGAGAUCUAGCUGCGUAUCCUUAGGGGAAACUUCGGCCAGCUACUAUGGCAGCUGCAAAAUGUUUAGGAGACCCUCGUUGCCUUGCAUUUCCAGAGAGCAGAUGAUACUUUGGGAUUGGGAUUUGAAGCAAUGGUACAAGCCCUAUUACCAGAAUGCUGGCAGUGGAAAUGGAGUUGAUCUUUCAGUACUAAAUGAGGCUCGGAGCAUGCUAACAGACCUCCUGACUGACCCAUCCCUUCCGCCACAAGUGAUUUCUUCCCUUCGAAGCAUUAAUAGCUUGAUUGGUGCUUUCUCAGGCACAUGCAGGCCAAAGGCUAGUCCAUUCACACCGUUUCCUGGUUUCUUCCCCUGCCCUGAAAUAGAGGAUCCUGCUGAAAAAGGAGAUCGAAAGCUGCUCAAGGGAUUAAAUAGCAGAAAUAGCCUGCCAUCACCACAGCUGAGACGAACUUCAGGAGUUUCUGGUAUUCCACCUAUGGAAUCAACAUCUAGAUGGGAACGGAGUAGCAGCAAGAGAUCUCAUCAGGAAUAUAACACAUUAAGCCAAGGAUCUCAUUCAAAUGGAUCUUUUGGUGCAAACAUGCUGAUAAUACCAAAACAAAGAUCAUCUUCCGUGACACUGGCUCAUCAUAUAGGUCCCAGACGAUCAGGUGCAUCUCCUGGCCUGAGUCCUGUGGGUUCACCUAGUCAUGGAUCUGUCUCCAGUGGGGCUUUCAGCUGCUGGUCGCCUGUAGAAUUUCCUGAUACUGCUGAUUUUCUUACAAAACCAAGCAUUAAUAUACAUAAGCCUCCAGGAUACCCAUUUAGUUCUCCAGAUUUUCAGCAGCAAGUUAAAACAUCUGUAGGUUAUAUGUGUAGCAGCUGUGGACGUCAGAUACUCAAGCCAGUUCCCACGCCAGAACCAGAAUUUGCAGAAUAUAAAGACAGAAGAUCAGGUGAAAUUGGAAGUGAUAGUGUUUCAAAAGAAUCUUUCCACCAUACAGAGAAGAAAAAAGAUGGAACGAAGGAAAUGAUCGAUCAAGCACAAAAUAAUCUGCUUGUGGAUCAGAGUCCUACAUUAGAACUAAUGUUAUUAGACCAUGAUUCACUAAUGGAGAAGAUGAGCAACUGGAAUUUCCAAAUUUUUGACCUUGUACAAGAACUGGGAGACCAGUCUGGGAGGAUCCUUAGCCAGGUAACUUACACCUUAUUUCAGGACACUGGUUUGUUUGAAAUUUUCAAAAUCCCAACUCAAGAAUUCAUGAAUUACUUCUGUGCACUAGAAAAUGGCUACCGAGAUAUUCCCUAUCACAAUCGCAUUCAUGCAACAGAUGUUCUUCAUGCAGUAUGGUAUCUGACAACACGACCUAUUCCUGGAUUCCAGAAAAUUCCUAAUGAGCAUAUAAUGGAAAGUGAUAUGGAUGAAGCCAGUGGUAUUUCUCCUGUUCAAGUCAGCUACAUUUCUUCAAAAAGUUGUUUUAUUGCUGAUGAUAGUUAUGGUUGUCUGGCAUCAAAUAUUCCUGCUUUGGAAUUGAUGGCUUUAUACGUAGCAGCUGCCAUGCAUGAUUAUGAUCAUCCUGGUCGUACAAAUGCUUUUCUAGUAGCUACAAAUGCACCUCAGGCUGUUCUCUACAAUGACAGAUCAGUCUUAGAAAAUCACCAUGCUGCUUCUGCCUGGAAUCUUUUCUUAUCACGACCAGAAUACAACUUUUUAUCAAAUCUUGAUCAUGUAGAAUUCAAGCGCUUUCGUUUCUUAGUGAUUGAAGCAAUCCUUGCCACAGAUCUCAAGAAGCAUUUUGAUUUCCUUGCAGAAUUUAAUGCCAAGGUCAAUGAUAUCAACAGUCAUGGUAUAGAAUGGAGCAAUGAAAAUGAUCGCCUACUGGCCUGUCAAAUAUGCAUCAAACUGGCAGAUAUUAAUGGCCCAGCAAAAGAUAGAGAGCUGCAUCUGAAAUGGACAGAAGGCAUUGUUAAUGAAUUUUAUGAACAGGGUGAUGAAGAAGCAAGUCUUGGAUUACCUAUAAGCCCCUUCAUGGAUCGUUCUUCUCCACAGCUUGCAAAACUGCAAGAAUCUUUCAUCACUCACAUAGUUGGCCCCCUUUGUAAUUCCUAUAAUGCAGCUGGAUUGCUUCCAGGCCAGUGGGUUGAUGAAGAGGAGGAUGCAGAAAGUACUGAAGAUGAUGAUGGAGCACAGUUGGAGAGUGAUGAUGAAGAAAUGGAACAUGAUCUUAUUUUCAAAGCUCAAAGAAAAAAAGGUAGACGAAUAUUUUGCCAGCUAACACACCAUCUCAGUGAAAAUCACAAAAUAUGGAAGAAAAUGAUUGAAGAGGAAGAAAAAAGUAAAGCUGAAGGAGCUAAACUGCUGACUGAGAUCUCACCUUUACCUCAAGCAGAUGAAAUUCAGGUUAUUGAGGAAGCUGAUGAAGAUGAUGAGAGACAACUAGAAGACAAGACAUGCUAAGAAAUCUUCAGUGGUGUCCAGUAUGAUGAUAGCCUACUUUUUUUUUCCACUGUGCUGACUUUAGCCUGACACAGUUCACAUAAAAUUUGAAAGGCCUUAAUACUGUGAGAGGAUUCUUUCUACUCUAGUGGAAUCCCACUCCUAUGCACUUUCGCCACACAGAAUAUGAAACUUUAUUCAAAGAUUGAGUAUUGUAUACCCUGAUGCAAAGUUCUUUAUGCCUUAGUUGGUAUAAAAUAUCCUGAUAUAAUGCUGCCUUGCUGAAUAUGGAACUCAUUUUCCUUGAGGUACCUGCAAUUUUUAAAAGCAUUCAGUGACUUCAAUUACCAAAGUGGCAAGAACUUUUUGCUAACAAGGAAAUGUAGGAUGAAUCCUAAUAUUAUCUUGAGUUGUUUAUUUCAUGUUGUUUUUGAACAUGAAUGAGAAAAAGUCUGUGCCUAUAAGAAAACUGUCAUUGUUGCAGUGCGAGCCUGUUGUGGGGUGUCUACUUAGUGCAGUAGUGUGCUUAAUGUAGUCACCUCAGAGCACCUGUUCAAGGACUGUGACAUAAAUGCUGAGUUCUGAUAUUUGUGGUUUAAAAAAGAAAAAAAAAAAUCCAGGUGCAUCUAUUUCUGAUGCUUUUUAUUAUUGUGCAUAACCUGAUGUUUUAUUUUUGCAGAAAAUAUUAAGGUUUGCAGUGGGUGUUCAUGAUAAUUCAUCGAAUACAAGGCCAUUAUCAUCUGUUGCCUUGCUGUUAUGUGGUAAACAUUAAAAACCUUUUCAGCUACCUAAAUUAUUAAGGAAUCUUAUUCUUUAAGUCUAAUGCUAUAUUUCCUGCCCUUACUCAGGUUCCUGUUUAAAAACAAGUCAACCACAUCAUAGAUUUUUACUUUGCACCAAUUUCCAUUAUUAAAUUUUAUGGAAAUAAGAUCGUAUUUCAUUUAUUCUUUGUAUGUAAAACUUUAGGAGAAUUAAAGAUUAAAAAAAAAAAAAAGGAAAAAAAAAGAUAAACUACUGUUUCAAAAUGGCUAGUGUAUUUUAAUGUGCCCUGCAUCUUUUCUCCUAUCAAAGACAUAGCUUAUAUUGCCUUCAAGUUUGAUGUACAUCCUGAAAUAGACAUACAGAAAGCAGAUGGUGAAAACUUUGUAUAAAGCCUGAUAGUAAUAUAAAUAUCACUGUAUUAUAUUACAUUUUAGAUUGUUGACUUUUCAAAUAAAACUUAGACAUUCCACACUUGUAUUUUUAGGAACAGUACCACUGUAGGUCUAAAUAAUAAUAAGAAAAAAAAGGCAUAAAUUUGGCUACAAGUAUGCAAGCAAGUCACAACUAAAACUAGUUUUGAAAGUGCACCUUUUAGUAAUAAAUAUUUAUAUGCUGUGCAGUUCAAUUGAAUAGAAACAAAUGCACAUGUGUGUAAGUUCCUAAACUUAGCAUAUUUGUGUUUACAUUUACAUCAGUUGACUUGAAAAAAAAAGGUAACAUUCCUAAGAAAACCUUGUGUAAAUUGUAUUGCACUAUGUUACACAAACAAAUUUUUAUUCUGCUCUUUGAUUGGCCAGUUUAAAUAACUGAAAGGAAUUCUUUUUAUUAUUAUUAUUAUUAUUUUCCACUAAUAAGCUUUUUGUUCAAUCAUUUAGAAGACCACUGAGACAUGCUUUUGCUAUUUUAUAUAUUCGGUGCCAAAUCCCCCUUUGCUGCCAUUAUUACUAUCACUGCAUUUUUUGUAACAUAAGCAGUGUUAAAAACCAGGUAUUUCUGUCAUUAAUAAAAUGUUGCACUACUGAAGCUGGCACUUACUGAUCAUUCACUUGUAUUUUACAUAUCUUGUUCAUAUAUUUUCCUAACAGAUAAUUUGAAGUCUACAUAAAUUAUGCUUGUUUCAGUAUGCUGUUUUGUCAGCAUUUUCUGUUUAGCUUUUGUGUUUGUAUAUAAAAAAAUUCACUUUAUUACUGUUUAGUUUCAUUUUGCUUUAACUGAAAAAAGAUGCAAAUGGGCUUGUCUGAAGUUCCUGCUAUGUUAUUUUACAUGAUAGUUUUCCACUUAGUUUCAUUUUAAAAAUGAAGAUUUAAAACUAAUACAAAGAAAAAAAUAAGAAGGUAAAAAUAACAUUUUUAUCUGUUACUAAAGCAUUGGCAGCAUUUAUAUCUGGUGACAACUUUGCCAGCAACUUUUUUAUCUCAGGUUUUCCUUAAACUCUUUAGAAAUACUGAAGCAAUUUUAAAAUUCAGAAACAAGUAGCAAACCUCAGUGUUUAAUAAACUAUAAUGCUGAUAUGUAUUUCCAGUUAGAUAUUUUCAAGUUACAAUAGCUUGCUUCAAAGAUACAUUUAAUUAUUAAUGUAUCCAAAAUCCACCUUAAAAUGUCUGUUAUUUCUGUAUACAUAAUAUGUGACUAAUUGGUACUCUAGGAGCAAGGGGAAAAGAAUAUACAAAUGUCAUCAAAGGGCAUGUUUGCAGAAGUGGAUGUAACUGUAACUGAAGGAGUCUUAAUCUUUCAGAAAUUAUAAUGGAAGGCCAUUUGAAUGUUGAUUGAGCUGUUGUCAACAAUAAUACAUCUCCAUAUAAGGCAUAUCACUUAUUCUGGUAACAACCCACUGAGAUAUUACAACCAAUCUACAUCUGUGAUCACACUUCAAUUUACAGCUACCAGGGGAUGCUAAGGAGCACAGAAAAGUACGCAAAAGAACACACAUAAAAUACUUUCUAAAGUAAUACUCACUUUUGGGGUUUUUUUUUGAAGUAGGCCUAAUUAGCCUGCACUGACGUUUAUGCUGCUACAGUAGAUACACCUUUUAUGGAUAAUAUUCUCAGGUUUAAGUAAAGUCUUCAGCCCCUUUCCUAUCAAAAAUCUCCUAUCUCCUCAUUGCCUUUUACUAUGUAUGUUGGAUUACUUACUUCUAUGCAUAGAGUGGAUACAGAACUUCACUACAAAGUUUUCUGUAAGCACCAAAUUCCUUCCAUGCCUCUGGAGAUCUGGAUGUUAUAGUGGUGUUGAACUAGUCAAAACUAACUACAUGGAUCCUCUUCCCAUGAAUUCUUCCUCCAUGUCAAACUUGGUUGGUAAGUCUAAGAUUCAGAAUGAAAGUACUGGUGUAAUGUUGCUCAUGGUAAGUCCAAAUUAACAAAGUUUUGCAAGACCUGAUUUGCUCUGUGUAUAGAGCCAUUUCUGCUCUUGAAUUCAAUUUUAACCACAACCAGUGGCAGGUCAAUCAACAACAGGAGUUACCAGAAUUCAAGAAGUCACUUUUAACAUUGGUGCUUCCACCUGGGCAGGCGUAGUUGAGGCUGGGCUUCUGGUUCCUCUAAAAGUAUACACAGAAUUUGAGGUAAUCCAGUGUGUGGCACUAACAUUCACAGUGCAGUACUUUCCCUUUUGUCCAAUAAACGUUUGAGAAGGUGUGAGAGGUGCAGAACUGGAAGUGUCUCAUACACUGAUGAGCAUGAGAUCAGGAAUCCCAGUCUGAGAGACAUGCUUUGGAGUAAAAAGAUGGAGUUGGUUUAGGUGAUGAGAAUUAGAAAGGAGAUGUAAGGAUGGCAUACACACACACAUGGUUCUUCUUCAGAAGAGAGACACUGUUUAUUGUUUCAAGCCAGUUCAUUGUCUUCAAUAGAAUGUGGAAACAGGACAACUUUGCUAAGAAUAUUUAGAUUAUUAAAAGUUAAAAUAGAAAUGAAAAUUAAAUUAUACUACUAAUUACAACACAAAUUUUCUUAAACUUGUAAUGCAAGUUUAAGAAUGUUUAUUUUUCUGUGGCCAAUAAAGAUUAGACGAGAGAAAAUAAACAUAUGAAGUUGGUAAAACGAGGUACAAAAAUUAUGAUCAAAGCAGUGUUUUGUUUUUUUUUUCCUUCAGCUUUCCUCAGUAUUAUGUUUCUGGACAACGUGCUGCUUCAUGUCAUUAAGGCAAAUGAGGUUAUGAAUUGCUUUCAUUUUUUGCAAAGAAUUUUCCUUUCAAUAUCUUCUGAAGUAAGCCUUGAACUUGCUAUAAGAAUCAUACUGCAGAUUCUGAUUUCAUUUACCAUUUAUUCAUUCAUCAGAUACUGCCCUAUGUGAUUUCAUUUAAUAGGGCCAUAAGUAAUUAGUACUUUUGUCCUCUGCUAAAUGAGAAAGAAUAAGGUCUUAUAUUUCAGAGGAAAGAGAAAAUUACGCUUAUGGAUUAAGCUGCUAUAGAAUAAACAUUCCAAUGCACUUGAGUUUCUAGUUGGCAGUGACCCUCCUGGCAUAGUGUAUAUCCCUCACAUCCUAUUGAAUCUACCUAAUAGAUACAGAGCUUUUCUGUCUCAGUGGUUUUGCUGUCCAUUCGUUAAUCACAUUUCUCUAAGACAUUUCUGGCUUAGAUUGGAAAGAAUACUUCUGGUUACCUGCAAUACUCAAAAUUAAAAAAAAAAAAAAAGAGUAACUAGCAAUUGCUUUUUUGGUUAAUAAUAGCAUUAAGCUAUAGAAAGUGAUUCCAGUAAAGAAGAAACUGUUUUCCUUUGGUACUGAGAUUGAAACAUCUGUCCAGAAAUUGGCUGACUUUAAAUGCUAUUGUUGUGAUAUAGUCAGGAUACUGAAUAAUAAAUGCUUAAUAUAUUUAAGGGAUUGACACUUACUUGGUUCUACCUGACACUACACACAGCCUUUAAAAAGGGCACAACACAGUCAGAAACAUUUGACCGGAAGGAUUCUUUUGGAAUCUGUACCAUGUGAGUCAUCUUUUGGUUUCUGUGCUUGAAGAGAUCACAGGUGAUAGCAUCUGGUGUAUACGAUACUCUACUGCGCAGGUUGUAUUACCCGGCAGAAUGCUACCAUCUGUGAAAUCGAAGUUAAGAGAGUAAAAAUCUUAUACUGAGGAGAAACCUUCUGCCUUCUGGUUUAUCUGUGAGGUUUCAGAAAAGUAGGAAUGCGUUAACAUUAAACCAAUAGAGCUUUUAAAUAACAGUGAGAGAGUGUAGUGUUUCAAA